UUGAAAAGGCGGAUAUCAACCGGGCAGACAGGCUGAACUUGUGCAAAUUUGUCGUGGACCAGCUCCACGAGCACCUCUCAAAGGGGAAAUACACAAAUGGGUGCUUACUUUACUGCAUGCUAAGGUACCUCGAUGCUUUGGAUUGUGAUGGCAUGGAGCUUGAGUUAACUGACACACCAUAUAGAGUAAACGCAUGGUCCAAGACCCAGGUUGAUGUUGUCGCUGAGCUGGACAUGUUAGAGCAUGAUCCACCCUGUUUUGGCAGACUUCAGCUAAAGGAAGAAUUCAGAGAGGAGGCUGCUAGUGGAUCGGGCACAAGCAUAUUGAGUCUGUUCGGAGGCCCUGGUGGCUUAGAAACCUGGAUGAAGCAAAACACCCACCCAAGUUGCUCUGAAAAUAACAAGCUUAAAGUACAGGGGAUCAUCCACAAGUUUGCAUCAGGGUUGGAGACUCUCCUUGGUGAUCUCGUACAGGGGAUGACAGCCCCAACAGCAAGUAAUUCAACCAAAAGUAGGAGGGGCAGGCGCAACGAAAUAGAAGAAAAUGAUGAUACGUUGUUUGAAGAUUCGUCAUCAUCAGAAUCUGACGGCGACACGGAUGGGGACGAUGAUACGUCGUUUGCGUCAUCUUCAGAAUCCGUAGUGCUAGCAGAAUGAAAUAUUUUCUGCUUU